AUGAAUGCUUUUAACAUGGAAGUUAAUUACACUAUAAAGUACCAUUUUAAAUUUCAUGUUUUGGUUAUGGUAGCGCUGAAUAAAGAGUCACUCUUUAAGCGUAACGUUUGUGCUUUUGGGCCUACCACAAUGAGAUCUACAAUGUGUUAUUGUGGCUCAAUUCAACUAGAGGGUGCACUGGCGUUUUCUGAAUGUCUUUUCAUUGGUGCUGAUCUGCAUCCGAAGGCGAUAGAUAGAUGUUUAGCGAAUAAGGAAUAUUGUGCUCAACCGUUGCUACAAAGCGGUUCGGAAGUAGAGUUUCUUUAUUGUGAUGCUGGUGAGCUACCGCUUCGAGAAAGUUCUAUAGACGCCAUAAUUACCGAUCUUCCAUUUGGCAAGAAGAUAGGCUCAAUUGGCGACAAUCGCAUCCUUUACCCGCGUCUUCUAGUGGAAUGGGAAAGGGUGGUGAAGCCUGAUGGUCGAAUGGUAGUGAUGACUCAUGAUAAACGAAGUUGGGGUAAACUUGUUUCUGUA